AAGGUCAGUAAACAAGCUGUUUGAGAUCUCUUGGUCAGCAGCAUGGGUCGGCUUGAUGGGAAGAUCAUACUGCUGUCUGCAGCAGCACAGGGGAUCGGACGGGCAGCUGCUAUAGCUUUUGCUAAGGAAGGAGCCAAAGUCAUUGCUACAGACAUCAAUGAGUCUAAGCUGCAAGAACUGGAGAAAUAUCAAGGCAUUCAAAUACGGGUUCUGGAUGUCACCAAAAGGGAGCAGAUAGAAAAUCUGGCCAAGGAGAUUGAAAAGAUUGACGUCCUCUGCAACAUUGCAGGGUUUGUUCAUCAUGGAACCAUUCUGGAGUGUGAGGAGCAAGACUGGAACUUCACUAUGAACCUCAAUGUUCACAGCAUGUAUCUAAUGAUCAAGACAUUCCUUCCUAAGGUGCUUAAACAGAAAUCUGGAAAUAUUAUAAAUAUGUCUUCUGUGGCAUCCAGCAUUAAAGGAGUUGUGAACAGAUGUGUAUAUAGUACUUCAAAGGCAGCAGUUAUUGGUCUGACAAAGUCUGUGGCUGCUGAUUUCAUUGAACGAGGCAUCAGAUGCAACUGCAUAUGUCCUGGAACUGUUGACACACCAUCUUUACAGGAAAGAAUCCAAGCCCGGCCUAACCCAGAACAGGCAUUGAAAGACUUUCUAGCCAGACAGAAGAUGGGUAGGAUGGCUACUGCUGAAGAAGUGGCCCAUCUUUUUGUGUACUUGGCCUCUGAUGAGUCUGCCUACAUGACUGGUAAUGAACUAAUCAUUGAUGGAGGAUGGAGCUUGUGAUUGACCCUACCGGCAAAUGGAAAUUCAUACCAUAUGAAAGGCAAUAAGUGAGGAUCACAUUUCUCAAUUAAGACAGCUUGCAGAGAUUUAGAUCACACCUGUGAUGUCUUUCAAAACAAAUUUGAUACAUUUUUACUGUGAUCUGAUCUUUCUAGAUUGAUCUUACUGAUUCGCUUUUCCCUAAACAGUAAAACACUGGUGUAAAACAUAUCUGAUGUGGUUUCAAUUUAUGGCAACUCCAAAAGCAUGGAAGAAUAGCAAUUUAAGAUUUCAGUUUAAGAUGUCAGAGGGCAAGGAAUAUUAUUUAAGGUACAAAAUCUGAGUUCUGUUUUAAGCAAAUCUGAGUGAAAGGAAUUAACUACUACCUUUAUUCUCAUCCCCCAAAGUAUUUGGAAGCUAGACAUUCACAAUUAGAUUUCCUACUAUCAUUGACAGAGUAUCCAGAGAAACCAGAGCGACUACUAUUGAAUCAGCCAAAUGGAUCCUGAACUAAGUGUGGUUUAAACAGAAGAAAGCAGAAUUAAUAGCAAAUUUGAAGACUGGAACGUUUGAAUCAUUUUGUUACUGGUUUCUAUAUUAGAGAACAUACUAGUUGCAAAUUGUACUUGAAAGCACAUUCUGCUUUGCAAAUUCCAAAGUAAGUACUUUCUGCUCUGUACUAUUGUUAGCAAAAUGUUUUAGAACUGUAAUACCUGUAGAAAAAGAGUCUGAAUUGUUGAAAAGAAUAUGUCCCAAGCCUGACAACACUUACAGAUCCAAAGUGGGUGGUGCAAGACAGUCAAACACUGUAGAUACAUGGUGUAGGGGCACAUGAAGCUUCCUGGGUGUACAGCAAAGAGUCAGCGUAUGUGCAGAGCUGGUUUGUGCAACUGCAGUGUCCAUUUUCCAGAUCAUUAUGCUUAAAGCAUACAGAGACCAUACAGAAUCACAUGUAGUUUUACAGUCAGUUAGAAAAGGAGUACAUUAACUAGUACAAAAGAGGUCCUAGUGGGAGAAAUAGAGACCAGAACUGUUUCAUUAAUGGUAUAGAUCACUCCUAAAAUGGUCUUGGAAGUAUCAUUAUUAUUUUUUUUUCUCCUUCCAUGUACAGAAAACACUAUGCAAGGACAUCACUCUGGUAGGCAUGGAUGGAGGUAUGUGUGGGAGAAGUAUUCUUGAAUACACAGGUGGAUCUUCAUGAAUACACUUGACUUCUGGCACACAAGCAAAAGGAGUGGAUUUUACCACUCUAGGUAAAAAGAUGUACUUCAAAAGGAGGUACUAAUAUUGGACAAAUAUUGUCAAAUCUGUAUGCUAGGUGCUAGGCUUUGGUAUUCUAUGACUUGAUUGUCAAAUACCAAUAUAAUGCUAAAACACAAGGCUAAGUUUCUCUGAAAAGGACUGUUUCUAAAAGAGUUUGUGUUGAUGUUUCUAAUGUGAUAGCAUGUGGUAGCUUUGAUUUAUGAAUCAGAAACCUAUUAUCACAAAGUCUUAUGCUCUGGAAAAAUAUAGAUCCUGACCCAGAGAUAUAAGGCAAUGAAUAACCUGAAUGCUAAAACUGGUUUGUUGAUGUACUGUUAAAAUUGAUGUGAAUGGCAUGGGCUGGCUGUCUAUAAAUAUGGUUACCUUAAAAAAUAAAAAAAUAAAAAUUGUACCUAGAUCCAUAUAUCUAGUUUGUGAAUGAAGCUGUAUGCAAUUUCAUAUGUAUUCAUGUAUUUUAAAUACAGAUAUAUAUGUGGGGGAAGGAAUUAAACAGUAAACUCUACUGAGUAUGAUUGAUCAGUAAUGAGAAAGCACAGAGAAAAAUGUACAAUAUUUGGUGCAUGUUUCUGUAACAACUGCCAUGUUUUUGAAAUUAUUGCUUAAGCUUUGCAAUAUUAGCUGAAGAAUUAAUAUAAAUUAUUUUCUUUCCAAGGUAAUGUCUAGUUAAAAUCGGAGUUCUUAUUUGUAAAAGUUACAUUUACUUACAAUUUUAAAAUGAGAAAGUA